AAGCUGAAGAAGCCUUCCUUCUCUCUCCUCUUUCCUCUCAUGGAGACUCCUGCGUGGCAAAGGAUUGCAUAACGAGGUCUACAUACGAAAGGCACAUCUUGUGUGUGUCUUGUCUACCAUCCCUCAUGGGCAAGUCCUCGGACACAACCAGUGGAAACACACCAUCAUAAUGUUGCUUUAUGGUUCAAUUUGGACAGCUGCAUAACCUCCCUCGACUGUGCUUCGGCGCUUCACUCAUGACGCACACAAUGCACUUGAGCCUCAUGGGUCUGGAGCUGGCUGCUUGCUUUGCCGGCGAAGAUACGAGCCUUGCUGGGCCAUGUUCAAAUUCCGUGAGUGUGGCCUGCAAAGUUGCCAGGUGUGCGUUUGAAGCACAGUCAAAUGGGGGAGGGGCGUCCAUUUGUCUUCUUCCGUCACAGAAUGAUAGUCAUGCAAUCGUCCGUCCAACUGGCGGAUAACACAAUGAGGCUUACUCUUGUUGCGCAGGGGUUUUCUCCUUCCUCAUUCGCCCAUCCGUGGGUAUGAGUAUGAGCAUCUGUCUCUUCUUUUCACUCGUCUGUUCCUGUCUUAGGCUGAAGAGCAGUGGGCGGUACUCAACGAGUGAUGAGCAGGAUGGCAUUGAUACAUGGGCUUCAGAUGAUGAUACAACAAAUACAAGAGUCAAGCUCAGAUGCAGCAACGCUGUUAUGACGAUCGUAUUAUUCUGAUGUAUGCCUAUGUCUGUAGCUGUCUAGUGUAGUCUGUAGCUGGCCUUUACUACUUGACCACUGUCGCAUAUCCUCUCGAGUCUCGAGUCUUGACUGAUACUUUGUAACUUUUGUGCCAGCAAAGCAGCGCGCGUCUCGACUCGACUCCAGAA